UUGGCCUCUUUCCAUUUGUUUAUUAUUGUUUGCUCGCGUUGCAAUCUGUGCACCAUCUUACGUUAGUGUUAGCAUAUUGUUCCAGGAGCAAGAUUAAGUUUAGAAAUAAGCAUUAAAAUACCACGUUUGCAAGAAUCUUAAAACACAAUGAUGACGUUGUGAGCCAAAUGGCUUUAAAAUACGCCGGAAACAGUAACCCGGAAGUACAAGAGGCAUACAGCUUGCAGCGCUCCUUAGUGUCGAAAACUUCAUCCAUAACAUGCGUAGUAAGCAGCUGCAAACUUUCUAACCGGAACUAGAGCAGGCAUAGAGCUCGAGAUUGUUAUUGUUUACAUUUCUACGGAAAACACCGUCCAGUGAUCAAUGUCAGAACUUAAAAAUUCACCUUCGUUUAGCUUAGACUAGAGUUUUGUGAAAUAUUGGAACCUUUCUAUUCAAUGUAAUGAAACGCAAUUUAUAACUGAUGUUUCAAUUAUAAAGCUUAAGUUUAGUUUGUUGUUUGUGAUUGUCCCUAGUAUGGCAUGUAAAUGUGAAGCUUGCAUUCAUGUCAAUUUUAAUAAAUGACUUAAAAAGGGAAGUUAUUGCCAAAAAAGUUUCCAACUUCUGACGAUAAUCCAGCAAAAGCUUAAGAAAAUCUUUACGGAAAUGGACAACUCAAAAGCUUACAAUCAAAAAACUUGAGCCCAAAAUAAUGAUUAUUAAAGAGUAAAUGAAUGGUUAUAAGGCAAAGACAGAUUAAUCAUCAACUUUGUUGCUUCACUUCAAGAAGAUCGGGUUGAGUUUUCAUUAAUGAUUUGCAAAAAUGUACUUUUUGGUCAUGAAUUUUCAUUAAUGAUUUGCAAAAUGUUGUAGAAUGUUGUUGGAAGAUUUUAAUGAUGAUUUACUUUAAACUUGUAGUGUUAAAGAAUUUUUCCUUUAUUGAUGAUACAAAGAAUAAUUCAAAUUAUUAAUUUAUAUAUCUGCAAAAAAUAGUUUCAAUUGUAAAAUUUACUUAACAUUUUAAUUUACAAUCUCAUCUAUAUAUAUACUCAAAAGAAAAUAAUUAGCUAUUUAUUUCUAUAAGACUGUACGUGUAGUUAACAUUAACUAAUUAUACUCGGGUUAACAAUUAUAAUAUUUACUUAUAACAUUUUAAUUUACCAUAUAUAUACUCGAAAGAAGAUAUUUCAAAAAUUUGUCAUUGUCAUUAGCACAUUAUACUUAUUUUCUCUUUAUAUAAAUUUAUGCAUAUACAAAUUAUUCUAAUAGCAUGUCUGAUAAAAGUGUUUCUCUUGAACUUUCCGAAAACUGUCAUAAUAAUGAUAAAAUUGUUAAAAAUUAUUAUUCUUGUAAUGUAUGUCAUGAGAAUUUUCCUAGAAAGAGUCAGUUAAUUUCUCACACUCCUAUUCAUAAUGACGAUAAGAGUUAUCAAAAUGAAAGUUGUUUAACUACUCACAGUUUUAUUCAAACUGAAGAAAGACCCUUUUCUUGUGGUAUAUGUAAUAAGAGUUUUACAAUCAAAAGUUCUUUGACCAAACAUAGUCGUGUUCACACUGGUGAAAAACCUUUUUCUUGUAGUGUAUGUAGUAAGAGUUUUGUGCGUAAAGAUUCUUUGACCCAACAUAGUCGUGUUCACACUGGUGAAAAGCCCUAUUCUUGUAGUGUAUGUAAAAAAAGUUUUGCAGCAAAACAUCAUUUGAAUAAACACUCCAUAAAUGUUCACUCUAGUAAACAGCCUUAUUCUUGUGUCAUAUGUAAUAAGAGUUUUAAACAUAGUCAUUCUCUGAAAGCACAUAUUCUAAAUUACACUGGUGAAAAACCUAUUAGCUCUUUAACUAGUCAUAAACUUAGUCAUACUGGUGAAAAACCUUUUUCUUGUAGUGUAUGUAAGAAGAGUUUUUUAAAUAAAUUUAACUUAAAGGAUCACAGUCUUGUUCACACUGGUGAAAAACCUUUUUCUUGUAUUAUAUGUAAUAAGAGUUUUGCGCAUAAAGGUUCUUUGACCAAACACAGUCGUCUUCACACUGGUGAAAAACCUUUUUCUUGUAGUGUAUGUAAUAAGAGUUUUGCGCAUAAAGGUCCUUUGACCAAACACAGUCGUCUUCACACUGGUGAAAAGCCCUAUUCUUGUAGUAUAUGUAAUAAGAAUUUUACAAGAAAUAGCUCUUUAACUAUUCAUAAACUUAGACAUACUGGUGAAACACCUUUUUCUUGUAGUGUAUGUAAUAAAAGUUUUUCAAAUAGAUUUAACUUAAAUGAACACAGUCGUGUUCACACUGGUGAAAAACCUUUUUUUUGUAGUGUAUGUAAUAAGAGUUUUGCGCAUAAACGUUCUUUGACCAAUCACAGUCGUCUUCACACUGGUGAAAAACCUUUUUCUUGUAGUGUAUGUAAUAAGAGUUUUGCACAUAAAGAUUCUUUGACCAAACACAGUCGUCUUCACACUGGUGAAAAACCUUUUUCUUGUAGUGUAUGUAAUAAGAGCUUUGCGCUGAAUAGGUAUUUAACUAAGCACAGCUUUAUUCAUACUGGCCAAAAACGUAACAGACCAUGUGCAACAUUACAUGCAUGUAGUAUAUGUAGUAAGAGUUUUUCAUCAAAAUAUAAUCUAACUAAUCACUAUCUUAUUCACACUGGUGAGAAACCUUUUUCAUGUAGUGAAUGUAAUAUGAGUUUUGCUCAGAAAAUUCGUUUAAUUGUUCACAGUUAUAUUCAUACUGGUAAAAAGCAUUCUGGUAGAAAGCAUUAUCCUUGUAAUAUAUGUAAUAAGAGUUUUAUAUUGAAAUGUGCUUUGACCAACCACAGUCGUGUUCACACUGGGGAAAAGCCUUUUUCAUGUUGUGUAUGUAAUAAGAGUUUUGCGUACAAAUGUCAUUUGAAUAGACACAGUCUUGUUCACUCUAAUCAACAGCCUUAUUCUUGUGUCAUAUGUAAUAAGAAUUUUAAAUACAGUCAUUCUCUGAAAGUACAUUAUCUAAAUCACACUGGUGAAAAACCUCAUUCCUGUAUAGUAUGUAAUAAGAGUUUCAAAUUUUAUGCAUCUUUAACAGUACAUCAACGAGUUCAUACGGGGAAAAAACCUUAUUCUUGCAAUGUAUGUUAUAAGAGUUUUGCAAGUAACAGUAACCUUAAACGUCACAGAUGUAUCCAUUUAUGAAAAAAUGAGGGGAAUUAUUUUCAUGUGUAUACACUAAUGGUUUUUCAAACAAUGCAAAUGUAGCUUGUCACAGUUUAAAUCAGCUUGUGCUGUAUGCUGUGUAUUCCCAAUUUUUAAAUAUUAAAAAAAUCUACCAAUGCCUGCUUGCGAUUGUUACACUGUAGCACAUCUUUUAUUUAUGUUUUCAGACACUUCAAAGCACAGUGCAAGGCUGAUUGUGGUCCGGAAAAAAUCCGGAUUUCCAGAUCUUUCUCUAACAGUGAUCCAGAAGUUU